AAUUGCCUCAACACUCAACAUACAACAGAUCUUUAAAUUCUAUUCUAAACAAUUCAUCCUCUCAUCAGAAUGUCUGCCACCAAUUUCGAUCCGAGAAACUACCUCAUCUACUAUGAACAAGCCAUACAAUCGAAGGAUUUCAUGAAUGUUUUCUCAGAAUAUCUAAAAGAAAGGUUUGGAGAUGAAAUUAUCAGAUUCAUGAGACGAGUUGAAUCCUAUUCGAAAGAUUAUCACGAUUCAGAUAUGCAUACGUUCAAUCAAAUCACUUCUCCAACCUCACCAACCCUCUCUGUAAAUACAUCAACCAUCUCCACAACCAAUGUAAAUACUAAACAACAACAACGAAACGAAAGACAGCUCAGAAGAUCGCUUAAGCAUCUUGUCCUCAAAGCAAAGGAAAUUAUUGACGAAUUUGUAGAAUUGGAAUCGAAUAGUGAGUUAAAUCUUGGUGCAACAGUACAGAGUAAAACAUUAGAAAAAUGGGAUUCAAUACUCACUUUGUUCAAUAAUUAUCUGAAAGAUUCUGGAAGAGCUAGCGAAAUGAUCAGACACAGUGGAGAAUCAGAUACAUUAUCCUCAGGUUCUGGAAAGGAUCUCAAUAACAUUCAAUCUCCAGACACUUUGACAAUCAGUUCUGGAUCUCUGUCAUCCAGCUCAACAUGCAGCAGCGGCUCUGCAAGUAAUAGUGGAUCAGGUGGCAGUGGAAACUUUGAUUCGACACCACACGACAAAUCGGCGCAGGGAAUGUCAAUACUGACCACUAUAAGCUAUCAAUUGGAUCCAGAAGAUUUAUUCGGACAAGCCAUGCUCAUGGCAUCUGUCGAUUUAAAGAUGAGCCAUUUUCAGAGUUUUUCAAAGAGUGAAUUCUUGAUGAAAUUUCUAAAGGAAAAGGGUGAGAAAUACACCAGAACUAUGGGUGUUGAUAUCUCAAAAGGUUACAAUGUUGAUUUGAGAUUUAAACCUCAAGAUUUGAGAGUGCCCACCAUAACGGACGAUUACAUUUAUUUUGGACUGGGAUUAUGUGAAGAGACUCCUGAUUGGGAGUUAGUUACCAAAGAUUCCAAGUUGAAUUAUUCAGUUUAUACCUCCAAGACUUCAUAUCUAUUCGAUAACAGCUCGAAAGGUAUGAAACUUUCCAAGAUUGUCAUCGAUUUGGAGUAUCCAAUUGAGGAUUUGUGGGCUAUUUUCUGUCAUACUGAAAACCAAAUGGAAUUCGACUCAAUGUGUUAUAAGGAACACGAAUGUCAUGGAUACGUUCCUCCAAAUAGUGAUCCUAAGAAUCCAUGUCCCUAUGGUUUACAAAAGAUUUCUUGUAAUUUUGAUAUAAAAUUACCAAUGGCCAAGAAGAGACACAUGAAAAUGGUUGGAACAACCAUUCAUGAUAGUGGAACAGAUAUGAUCAUGAUUGUUAAGCAUGCAUGUGAUUAUGAAUCGAGUCAAUCUUCAGCAGAUGAAUUUUCCAAAAACUCAUUACCAGUCGACACCUUACUAAGCUACUACAUUAUGUUCAGAUGUGGCGAGUUCAAGAAUAGCACUCGUCUCUAUCACAUCAUGUAUACUGACCUCCAACUUCCUCUCCAAGAAUUCACAUCAGGAAAAUUAAUGACAAAGAGAGCCAAGAUGCUCUCUCAAGGAAUGAAUAAGAUUCUGGAAAAUCUGACCUACAGGGGAAAGAUAUCUGUCGAUACAUCAUGCAUUAUCGAUCAGUUUGGAUAUUCGUCAGCUGCCAGAGAUAACAUGUCCGUUCAUCAGGGUCGUUCCUGGUACAAUGAAUGGUUUGAGAAGAAAAAGGGAGUUUUACCUGAAAGUCCAGAAUCAUCAACAAAUACUUUUUAAAAACCAAACUCUUAAUUUCUCAAAUUUCAACUUUCCUUAAUAUUAAAUAUUAUUAUUAAAUAUUAUUAUUAAAUAUUAAAUAUUA